CUGUCCUGCUAACGGGACAAGUUAAAACCUCCGAGCUGUGCGUGUGAACGUCGGAUCUCCGUCCUACUCUAUCCAUCUAUGUGAAUACAAUCGACAUGCUUCAACUUUAAACUAAAGUGCGUUCCCUGGAGCGUCCACGGCGGUUGACGGGAUGGUGACGGAAACCCUGACGAUGCCGUAAACAAUCGCACGGACGACGCGAUGACGAGGAUGACCAUCAUCAUGGCGGGCCGCCGCGACGGGAAGCGCAGUCCUUGCUAAGCCCUCCCCGACUCCCCGUCACCUCAUCGGCCCCAACCAUUCACCGCCUCCCACCCUUCACUGCCCCCGCCCGACCUCCGCGCCCUCUGCCUGGUCCACCAUGGCCAACCACCUGGAGCUGAUCCAGGAGCUGCAGCAGCUGGACAAGGUGCCCAGCAUGGAGCGGCUGCGAGCCGCUCAGAAGCGCCGCACCCAGCAGCUGAAGAGGUGGGCCGUCUACGAGAAGGACAUGCAGAGCAAGAAGCGCAAGGCCGACCGGAAGGGGCGCGGCGGCGGCGGCGGGAACAGCCAGCUGCAGCCGUCCCGGAGGCACGUGUCCUUCGCGGCCAGCGUGGCUCUCCUCGAGGCCACGGCCAGGAACGACCCGGACGAAGUUCGCUACCUACUGAAAAACAACGUGGGCCCAGACCUGUGCAACGAAGACGGCCUCACAGCCCUCCAUCAGUGUUGCAUUGACAACUAUGAGGAGAUGGUGAAGGUCCUGCUCGGCCAGGGAGCUAGCGUCAACGCCCAGGACAACGAGCUGUGGACCCCCAUGCACGCCGCCGCCACCUGCGGCCACGCCGGCCUCGUCAAGAUACUCAUCUCACACGGUGCAGACCUGCUAGCAGUCAACUCGGACGGGAACAUGCCCUACGACCUCUGUGAGGACGACCCGACGCUGGACAUCAUCGAGACGGCCAUGGCUAACCGAGGCAUCACCCAGGAGAUGAUAAACGAAACCCGGGCGUCGACGGAGAGGAGGAUGCUGGGAGAUAUCCAGGAGUUGAUCAGACGGGGAGAGGAGGUCAACCAACAGGACUCACAGGGAGCUACACUGCUCCACAUUGCGGCGGCUAACGGCUACGUCCAGGCGGCCGAGCUGCUGCUGGAGGGCGGGGGCCGCAUGGACCUGAAGGACAGCGACGGCUGGCAGCCGCUCCACGCCGCCGCCUGCUGGGGACAGAUGCACGUGGCAGAGCUGCUGGUCUCUCACGGCGCCAGCCUCAACGCCAAGACCUCCCUGGACGAGACCCCUAUCGAUCUGUGUGAAGACGAAGAGUUCAGGGCCAUUCUGCUGGACCUCAAACACAAACAUGACAUCAUCAUGAAGUCGCAGCUCAAGCAUAAGACCUCCCUGUGCAGGCGGACCUCCAGCGCAGGCAGCCGCGGGAAGGUGGUGCGUCGGGCCAGCCUGUCGGACAGACACAACCUCUGCCGCAAGGAGUACGAGACGGAGGCCAUCGUGUGGCGGGGCGGGCGCGAGGGGCCGCGCGCCGAGGAGAAGGAGCCGGAGCCGGAGCAGGGGCCCGGCCAGGCGCUUCAUGUGACGCCUGAAGCCGAAGUAGCCGCUCCAGACACGCCCCAGUUAACGACCCUCCUCAAAGACGGCGGCAGCAGACAGAACGGGCUGAUAUCCACGGCGACGUCCGCGCCUCCGCAGCCCCCCCCGUCCAAUGGCAGUGCUCCCGCCGCGGACAAGAGCCCCGUGGUCACCGUGCAACCGACCAAUGAGGAGUCCUCUCCCAGGGAGCGCGCCCAGACCCUCUCGGAGCUCAAGAAGCAGAGGGCCGCCGCCAAGCUGCUGAGCCACCCCUUGUUCAACGGUCACCUAGGCAACGGGUCCUUGGACUCCUUCGCCGACUGCAAGCUGAGCUGCUCGGAGGACCCUCGCAUGCCGCUCGUCUCCUCCAAUGGCAGCGCUGUUUACUACACGCCGGCCAGCGGAGACCCGCCCAUCCUGCGGUUCAAACAGCCAAUGGAAGAGGAGCAUCCGAAGACGCGCACCUGCUGCUGUGUGUCGUAGCAUCGGGUACCGGAGACGGGACGGGGGGUGACUGCAGAGAGGGAAGCUAGAGGCCAGUGUGGGUGGGUCACCUUAAAAAAAACAAAAAAAAAACAGAAUGGCAGCUUCAGUGUUGCCAUGGAAGCAGUUGAAGAUGCUGUGAAUUCAAACUUGGCUCCUUGACCCGUUUUUUUUUUUUUUUUUUUCUGUAUUUUGCUUCGCCGGAAAGAAAAGGAAGAAGAGAAAAGAGGGUUGUUUCAUCUGGAAAUUCCUCCCACUAUCCUGUGGCAUUGCUAUUUGUUUGACAAGAGAAGACAAAGAAAGGAAAAGACAGGAUGUGGCUAAUUCCUGUUUUUACGCCCGUCGUGCCUCCCUUCCAUUUGAAGUUACUGCCAGUGAAGAUGGGGGAACUACCGGUUACUGUGCUGCAUGUUAGUGAAGCUGUCAUGCGUGCAAAAAAUGAUAGAAAGGGCAAGAUGCUGGUCUCAGUAAUGCCUCGAUGAGCUCUUCCAGCGUCUGAUGGAACGUGGCAGACCUUGUAUUUGUCCAAACACGUGAACCUAUCCAAAGUAUUUGACAGAUGAGAGGAAAGGGACACUCUCCAUGGAGGAUCCAGCUCCCUUUGAAGAAAAGUCCCACUAACCAACGGAUCAAAAUACCACCGUUUGACAAGUAGCAGUUGUUCCCUGUCUCUAAAAGCUUUUUUCAACCAGAGAAUCAGGAGUAAAAAUUGGAAAAUAAAACAUAUUUCGUAGCGUAGGUUCCCUUGAAAUAGCUGACAUUUUAAAAUAAAGGAAAGAAUGACAAGCGGUAUUACCAUGCAAAUUGACGCUGUGUUAUCUCUAGCGUUUCCAUAGUGUUUUCCCCAACGCCUCAAUUCAUUUGAUGUUAUGAUGGAUCCCCUGGGCGGAAUUACAGCAUCAUCACACACUUAUUCCCCUCAUCUUUCAGACCGUGUUUCCCCUUUAUCUACUCCUAAUAUACUCCAAGGUGAUGGUGGAAGGCGCCGGUAAUAUCACACCGGAUCAUAUCAUCCGGCGGAACAGCGAAGCGUUUAAUGUAGACACGGUGCAGAAAUAAUCAAAUAUCUCUCCUUAAAUAUCUCCCAUGCUGAUGCACCGCGGCCUGUCUGUGUGAAAGGGAGCGAAGGCCAUUUAUCUGACUGAGGAGGUACACUUGCACAACAGACAUAAAGUACAAUACUGCACUAGUGUUUGAAACCAUAACUGUACAUUUGUGUGGUAUUAUCGUGUGUUUUAAUAUAUAUAUAUAUAUAUAUAUAUUUAACAACAUACUGUUGCGCUAUAUCUCACAAGACCAACUAAGAGGCGAUGUUGUAUAAUGUAAUCCACGUUUGUGCUUAACCUAACCAGUCGAGUUCAGUAGACAUUUGUUGAAUAAUACUGUACAGUUUUGAGUUGUCUAUUUAUGAAAAGUAGCGGGGUUGUAUAUAAAGAGCAGAAGUGAGUGUUAUGGUUGGUAAAGCUGAGUGUAUUUAUUAUUUGGAUGAUGCGCAGAGUGAAUGCGACAUUGGUGGAAA